AUGAAUCUUAUCAAUCUUGAUGAUGUAAGAUUUGAUGAAGGAACUGAGAGAGUUGAACAGAAAGAAGUAGACUUACCAAUUUAUAGCCUCUUAGAAGAGUGUUCAUCGAGAGUUCCUAACAGUCAUAGACAUAGUAGGAAGAUCAGGAUUGGGAUCCAGAGUCUCAAGGAUCCGGGUGGUGCCUGGGAGGUCAGAGAUCAGCCUGAAGUGACAGAACUGACAGAGUCUAUCCACAUUCAGGAGUGUGAACAUGUUAUAGAGUGA